UCAACCCCCCUUACACAGAGAAGCAACAGUCCUGUCGAGCUGUGGGUGGACGCAUGCCAGUAUCUGGCAGCUCUGAAGGUAGUGAGGGGAUUGGCUGGUCCAGCGAUGACACCAGAAGUUGGGGGCCACCGGUUGAGAGGUGGUCAUCAGUGGACAGCUGGGCAAGUGCACUCUCAGAGUGGACCGGGAUCAUCGCGGCUCCACCAGAAGACUUCACAGCUGUUUUCACAGAGAUCGGGGCCGAGAUAGAUGCUCUGACACAGGCACUCGCAGAGGUCAAUACAGAAACACAGACGUCUAAAGAGGGAGAGGGUCAAAAGCCAGCAGAGCAGGAACAACCGCAGCUACCCAUGGGUGUCCAAGAUCAACCUCUAGAGGCGCAAAAUAUCUCAGAGAGCUCCGUCCUCUCUGGGCAGAGUUGUCUGUCUUUGUGCCUCGAAGCUGCAGGCAGAGAGGGCGCCCUGUGUGCUGAAUCUCUGUGUGAUUCAACAGCUAUAACACAGGAAGAAAAGGAGCCGCAAGAAAUCCAGAGCAGCCGGGCUGAGCGCUCUCCAUGUCCCAUACACCAGCACUCAUCCAUGGGGUCAUCUGGUGUCAUGGUGGCUCCCUCCUGGAGUGUGGAUGUGAUCCCUGAAUCUACUUCUCCCAAACUUGACCUUUCUUGCUUUGGUAGAUUUGUCAAAUCGGACAUUUUCAUUAGCAGUGAAGGAGAUCCAAUCAUACUGAAUAUAACAGAGGAUACAGAUUUGGAGGAACAAAAUACACCUGCAGAGCUCAUGAUUGUGGAGCCCUUUGGAAAUAAAGAGUGUGAAGUGACAGAUGAACACGGUGUCCCCCACCCGAGCUCGGUUGCGGAGCAGGAAGCCAAAAGCAGCCCUGGGCCAGCUGAGGUUGAUCGUAAAGGAGCCGAACCUUUAACAGAUCUUGAUUUCCUCGCCGCACACCAUCUGACAAACUCACACGUGCCAGGUGUGCCCACACAACCUGGCCUCACGCACGUGUCGUCUGACACUUUACCAGACCUUGACGGAGCAUGUCAGGUGGAGCCACGGUGGGGGAGUCCUAAGUUUAUUACGCCCUUAGCUCCUCUCAGUAUCGGCUCCUGCCUUGUCGGCCAGGGAGGCUGCCGUUUGGAAGGAGAGCAAACUUGUGCCAAGAAGUCUCUCAGUGGCAACACUUGUAGUCAACAGUGCACUCUUUGGCCUACCUCGGAUGGGAUUACAGACAAAACAUCUCUGGAAGGUCAUGAGUCAAUUCAUAAAAAGGAAAAUACAUUAAACUCUGCUGAGAGAUCUUUACCAGAGAAACAACUGGACUUAGUCGCCGCAAGAAAAACAAUAACUGAGGACAUUCAUGACCUCAGCAGAGAACUAUCAAACUUGGUUGAUUUUCCUGCUGAUCAUUUCAUCAUCUCGGAGGAGAACCGUGUUGCAGUCAUCACUUUAGAAUCAAAUGACCCCUUUGUAUCCAGGAUUGCAAAACCCAUCGCUAUAGCUGCUAUAACUGAGUUGAAUCAGAAAACAGCUGAAAAGAUGCCGCACAAAACCCACAAAUCCAGCUCAGAGAGUAAAGCACGUGCCAAAAAGGACAAAUCUGCUGGUCAUCAUCAUGGUGCACAAGUUUCCAAGAAACAGGAGAAUGUAUCUCCCCAUGUUUCAGCCCAGCAGGUCUGCAAACAGCAAGAGACUCACCCUCUUAUCGAGGAAAAUCACAGCAGUAAGAACACUCCUGUUGAGGACAAGGAGGCUAAAUUAGUGAUUGAGACUGGAGUGGUAACUGAGAAGGCAUCAAACAAGCCACACGGCAAGAAGAAAAAGAAACAUACUUCAACUGCAACAGGAGUGAAAAGUGUAGCUGAACCACUGGUUGAAGUGGAGAAUGGAGCAAAACCAAAGACUGCAAGAGGAAGGAUUGAUAUGUUUGAGGCCAAACUGGGAGCGAAAGCUGGGAAACCUCAAAGGGACAAUAAUCAGUCAGAUGAGAAAAAGUCUCAGCAAACACAAACUAAAGUUUCGCAAGGAGAACAACCUCCACAUCAUGCAGAUCCUAAAGACCAACAGGCAAAAAACAUCACCAGUCCUUUGAAAGAUGAUAUUAUCAAAAGACGUCGCCUGUCAGGGGACAAGUUCGGGAAGAUUGUCAGUGUUUUGGAGUCUAAACUACCGAAGCCAGAUGUUCCUAUCCAGGCAAAGGGGGAAGAACCAAAAGUAGAUGCCGGGGCAAUGCGUAAGAAGCCAUACAGUGAAGUGGUCAAACAGAAAAUCCUUCCUAAAGAAGAGCCCAAGGUGGUGCAGCCUAUCCAGGCAGUGUCAGUGAGCGGGGAUCCCCAGAGUCUGUGUUUGUGGUGUCAGUUUUCGGCCGUCUUCUCCCACCACACCGUCACCUGGAGCAGAGGGGGCACUGUCCUGUCUGAGAUCAAGAGAAGUGCAGGGGACGAGAGCAGAGUGUCGCUGACCAUCUCCAACGCUUCUCACAAAGACUUGGGCAAAUACCAGUGCCAGCUCACCAGUUCACAUGGAUCAGUCACCCAGGACUACCUGCUCACAUAUGAAGUGCUCAGUGAGAUUGUCAUCCCUCCAUCCCCAAAGAUUGUCCCAUCUGCCCCUGUGGAUGUUGCGAGUGAAGAAGAGGAUGUCAACUGUUCCCGUCUGAUAUUCAAAGAGGAUUUCCUAACAGACCAAUACUUUGGAGAGAACCAACCUGUCAGCAUCAUCACUGAAAAGGUCCACUUUGGGGAGGGGAUGCACCGGCGGGCUUUCCGGACCAAGAUGCAGGCGGGUCAGAUACCUCUGUCUGUACCUGGACACUCGUGUGUGCUCAAAGUACACAAUGCUAUCAGCUACGGGACCAAGAACAAUGACGAGCUCGUUCAGAAGAACUUUACAUUGGCUGUAGAGGAGUGCCAGGUCCAGAACACAGCAAGAGAGUACAUCAAGGCGUACACCACUGUCGCUCAGUCUAUUGAAUCCUUCGGAGAGAUCCCAGAGAUUAUUCCCAUCUACCUGGUUCACCGUCCGUCAAAUGACAUCCCAUACGCCACACUGGAGGAGGAGCUGAUCGGUGACUUUGUCAAGUAUUCGGUCAAGGACGGCAAAGAGAUCAACCUCAUGAGACGUGACUCGGAGGCGGGGCAGAAAUGUUGUGCUUUCCAGCACUGGGUCUAUCAUAAGACGGAGGGCAACCUGCUGGUUACUGACAUGCAAGGAGUGGGAAUGAGGCUCACUGAUGUGGGGAUCGCCACCUGUAAGAAGGGAUAUAAAGGCUUCAAAGGAAACUGUUCCACCUCCUUCAUUGACCAGUUCAAAGCUUUGCACCAGUGCAACAAAUACUGUGAGAUACUGGGCCUCAAAUCCCUGCAGCCCAAACCUAAAAAGCCUCCAUCUGCUCCAAAAGCCAAACCCCAACCCUCUGCUGCACCCAAGAAGAAAACAUUUGGUCCAACAGUGAAGGGCAAGUCAUAAUAAGAAGAGAAUCUCGGACUACGGGGGGGUUCGUCAUUAAUGAACUGGUUUUAGGUAAUUUGCUUCAUUUUGUUUUUGGACUUUGUCAUAAAGAGUUGUCAAAGAUGAAUUAGAGAUGUGUCCAAACUUUUGGGCUGCAGAGGGUCAGAUGAUGGAGGAGACAGAUGUGUUUGACUAUGAAGCGAGCGACUGUUGUUUCAUAAGAGUUUUUGCUUCAUCUCAUGUUGAACAUUUGAGAGUGAUACUUUAUUUAAAAGUUUCUGUACGAGUGAUUUUUCUGAGGACACUUUAUGUCACGAGUUUUGGGAAAACUGUGACAAAUUUUAACAAACACUUGAAAAUGAUGGUGUUGAUAGUGUUGAACUGUGAUGUCUUAGAGGAUGCUUUGUUGGUAAGGUGUGACGAUUUUCUUUACAGAUCAAUGCAGAUUUUCUUUUCUUGUUUUUUUUUUUUUUUUACUUCUGUGAUGUUUUCAAACUAUGAGUUCAUUAAAUUAAUGAACUUGUUAAUUAAUUGAUUAGAGAAAAUGUUUUUUAAGUAGGCUGUAUGAUGAAAUACACACGGUAUAGAGGACAUUUUGGGUUCCGUAUGAGUGGGUCGGUUUUGUGUGUUUGGUUUGCGGAGUGACAAAGGUGUUUGAUGAUAUUCACAUUAAUGUCACAUAAUUACAGUAUUUAUUCAUUUAGUAAAAGCUACGGAUUCAGAAUGAGCUCAUACGUUAUUCUGGAAACAACACAAAGACAUUUUGUACACAUAAAGCUCAUGUAAAGUAUACUUUUGAAUGUAUGCACUGAAAAAUGUGAAGAUUUAUUGAUUUUCUUAUCUGGUGCAUUCUUGUUAAACUGAUUUUAAAUGUCUGGCAUCAUUUCAAGGAUCUUUACUGUGCUGGUCUGGCUUAAUCUAAGUGAGAGUCAUGUAAAACUAAAUCCAAACACGACAUCAAGGGCCUUACUUACUUCCAUAUAAUCUCAAUAACAUCCCAGCUGUUCAAUGGCACUCUCAAACGGUCUUCAUAUAAUAAGCUUUUCUAUCCUGUUCUCACUGUUGCUUUUUAAAUCCCUGACCUUUGGCCCUCAGGUUGAGGGUUGGGGCCAGUGUGUGAGCACACAGUAGAUCUUUGCUAUUAAAGAGAUGUUGCUGGUUGACAA